AUGUUUGGAACCUUGCGCUACUUACCCGAGAACCAGGCGGGGGAGUUCCUCGAGCGGGAAUCAGGAGUAAAUGGAAAUAUACCAACCAACAAACCUCAGCACUCAGCCUGCGAUAACUGCAGAAUCAAAAAGAUCCGCUGCAGUGGCCGAAGAGCAGGAUGUUCGCGGUGCAAGACUCUGUCCCUCCCUUGCAAUUAUACACCCACCCCCGCGCGGAAAGGCAGAACCAAGCCAGCCUCAAAUUCGGAACGAACGGACCAUAGGUUUGAGAAUGGCGGCCGACCGGAAUCUAGUGCGGCCCCCGGCAGAUCUCCCGCCAGGGAGGCUGAGGACGCUGCCCCACCAGCUGCGGUGCAGCCCACCCUGUCGACCAUGGAACCACCACCACUGUAUAUGGUCGAAGAGAGUUAUAUCGGGAUGCACAAAGCCAUCCAGGGGAGCCAAGGGAACGCCGGGACAGUCCUCAAUCUAAUGAAGGAUACGUUGACCUGGUCCAAUUGCCUCGAUUGGUCCCCAGGAAAGGAGGUUCCCUGUCUGCCGGAGUUCGAUUAUCUGAUGACAGAGAAUCCACACCUUGCCGUCGAUUCUCUUCUCGCUGGUUACCCUGGGACCGGAAAUACUGUACAGCCGCCGCCACCGCCCAGUGCACAUGGGUUCGCUCCGCUGGAUAUGCUUCCAACUCCUUCGUUGACGUCCCAUACCCUUGUCUCCACCGAGAACACAACCCGGUCACGUGAAAGUCCUUGUACUUCUGAGCUAGCUAUGGAAGAGCUAAAUUCGUGCUUAUGCCUCGGGUCCGCCGUCUUCCUCCUGGACGAAUUGGAGUGGCCCCAUCACGAAAGCAGCCCUGAUGAGUGGGGUCUAGACUUUAUCCUUUCAAUCUACCAGGAGGUGCUUGUCCUCUGCAGGCGCAUGAUCAUUUGCGACGUCUGCCGACGAAAGUCAGAGAAUAUGAUGGUGCUCACCAUGGUGCUGGAGAGAUUGACUAUUCUGUGUGGGGAGGUCAUUGAUGCUUUUAUCGCCCAACGGGGACUUAAUGGGCCGGGGGUCACAGCCGUCCCUAGCGCGAUGAUGAAGAAACAGCCGUUGGUCGUGGGUGAGUACCAGAUUGAAGGGGGAGACUACGAGGUCAUGAUGGGGAUGCUAGUGACACGGCGGCUGUUGGAACUGGAAGGCCUGCUCGCCCGCAUCAAGAUGAUAAACGCCUCCACCCGCCGCGCUCACCAGCAGGCUAGAUUGGGGCGUGUGGAUCAGCAUCUUAAGAACCUAUUUCAGAAGCUGACUUCCGUCUGUCCUCUGGUCACCGAAUGGAAGGUCGACCUUAAUCGGUCGGUGGUCGCAGACAAGACUUGGAGAAACACCUAGUUUACGAAGUGUGCUUGGGUAGGAUAGUUGCCAUAAAUUUAUAUUAGAGUGCAUCUACUGCUCCAGGAAAGAGGUCAAUCGACUGUACUGCGGCAACGAGAAUCUAGCUACCCUGC